UACAGAUUCUUUUUCUCUUCCACGCGCCGCACCGCUUCCCCGAUUACUGUCUCAUCAGAGCGAGCGCGACCGCAAAAAUUCCCCGCCCUAAGAACAUCUCAUCCUCCUUACUCCGGAGAUUUCUAGGGCCUUCGUCCUCGAUCGAUCCAUCUUACUAGGGCUUCUUCUUCUUCUUCUUCUUCUUCUUCUUCUUCUUCUCCUGGGAAUGGAAGGUCCUAGUAAUGGCGGGCUCCUGUACCACGAGGUUCAGGAGGGGAAGCUCUGUGCCGUCCACUGCGUCAACACCGUGUUGCAGGGCCCCUUCUUCUCCGAAUUCGACCUCGCCGCUCUCGCCGGCGAUCUCGAUCAGAAGGAGAGGCAGAUGAUGCUUGAGGGCGGCGGCGGCGGCGGCGGAAGCGAGGGUUUUUUGACGGAGGGCUCCCACAAUGUGUCCAUGGGCGGCGAUUUUAGCAUCCAGGUUCUCCAAAAAGCUCUCGAGGUGUGGGACCUGCAAGUGAUCGCACUCAACUCCCCUGACGCUGAGGCAUCUCAGUACAACCCCGAAUUGGAAAAUGCCUUCAUCUGCCACCUGCAUGACCACUGGUUCUGCAUCCGAAAGGUCAAUGACGAAUGGUACAACUUCAAUAGCCUUUAUCCCGCCCCCGAGCAUUUAUCCAAGUUCUACCUCUCAGCUUACCUUGAUUCCCUCAAGGGUAGUGGCUGGACCAUCUUUAUUGUUAGGGGUAAUUUCCCCAGAGAAUGUCCCAUGUCAUCAGAAAGUACUAAUGGUUUCGGCCAAUGGCUUACUCCUGAAGAUGCUAAGAGGAUUAUAAACUCUUGCAAUCAAGCACGAGUUCAAACUCCCGGAAUGCGUUUUCCUUCUUUUACUGAGAAUAUGAGUGAGGUAGAUUUGAUUGCUGCGCAGCAAGAAGAAGAGGAACUUUAUGCGGCCAUUGCUGCUAGUUUACUAGAUUCUACUCCGGGAGUUGGCACUGGUUCAACAGUAGUUGGAGAAGAGGGCAAUGCAACAAAUCAGGACAGCAAUAGUAGUAAUUGCAACUCGAAUGCAGAUCCGCACAUCGAGGAUCCGCACAUCGAGGGAUAGCUUCUAUUUUAGAGGGAAUGAACAUUUGUCCAGGGGUGACAUGAUAGAAUCAGUGGGAAUGAGAAUUGUGUAGGGAGAUGCGCUUGGAUAUAUUCUGCUUCAGUGGGGUUCUUCUUCACAGGAGAUUUUUAUAAUGCAUUCAAAUGCAGAAAACUUGUGCGACGUUGUCUGACAGUUUUAUUUAGUUAUUGGAAAUUUGGAUGUACAGCUUUAAAGUCUUUUAUUUAUUCAUUUAUUUUUUGUCAUAA